CGUUUUCCUGAUUGUUUCUCUUUCUCUAGAAAUUUUCUUGGCUCUGUUGUUGCUCCUCUCUCUCUCUCUCUCUCUCUCUCUCUCUCAAUAGAAAUUUUCUGGGCUCUCUCAAUUCUCAAUAAUCUCAAUAGCAGUAUUCAACUUGGUUUUUGUGUUUGGAUCUAAGGAGAGGCCAAAUGGAGAGAUCUUUUGCAUACCCAUCUCCCCUUUUCUAUGCAUCUUUCUCUUCGUCUUCUUCUUCUUUGGGAAGUUGGGGCGACAGAGGUAGAGAGAUUGGCAGGUCUGUACCUGUCUCUUCAGUCCUUGGGAAGCUCAUCUCUGCGUUUCUAACCUUCUUCUUUGCAAUGGUGGGUUCUUUUAUCGGGGCCAUGACGGGCGCUCUGGUAGGUCAAGCGACUGAGAGUGGGUUCUUUCGUGGGGCUGGGAUUGGAGCUAUUUCCGGAGCUGUGUUCUCGAUCCAGGUUUUUGAGUCGUCUCUUGUUCUCUGGCGCUGUGAUAUAUCUGGAGUUUGGAGUCUUGUAUAUGUGAUCGACGUCUUUUCAAACCUUCUGAGUGGAAGACUCGUUCGGGAGCAGGUUGGUCCAGCGGUGAUGAGUGCAGUUCAGACUCAGAUGAGUGCUGUCGAAACAACCUUUGAAGAGGCUGUUGAUUUCUUUGGAACUGGUGGUUCUAAAGGGCUUUCGGGAGAUUCGGUCGAGAAGCUACCAAAGAUUGAAAUCACAACAAAAAACAACGUGGAUGCCUCCGGGGAAAGAAUCUGUUGUUCAGUCUGCCUACAGGACUUCCAACUUGGAGAAAUGGUUCGGAGCUUGCCUCAUUGUCAGCACAUGUUUCAUCUACCUUGCAUCGAUAAUUGGCUGAUCAGGCAUGGUUCUUGCCCCCUUUGUAGAAGAGAUCUCUAAACCUAUGCUAUAUCUCUAGAGCUCUGCUACUGUAAAUAAUGACACGCUGAGAUGUAUAUGCUUAUCGCUGAGGCUGUAGAUUCUUUCUAUUUGUUAGUGUAUGACUCUUCAAUUUUCCACCCUUGUAUGUUAGUAGUUCAUGCCAUGGAGAUGGCAGUGUUCUGUUUUCUCAUUAUGCCACGGAAGUUUCACCAUCUGUUUUAGUGUUUAUUCAUGUUGGACAUGUGGUGGAGGGAAUGUGAAUAGAAAAUUGAAUUUGAAGCUCU